UGAGAAGACAUUCAAUUCAUAUCGUAACAUGGCGAUGAUUGUUGUUUUAUCCGAUCCGUAUUUGUAACUUGUUUUUUAAUGAAAUGUUGCGAUACUUUUCUUGUGAACGGUCAAUCAGUGAAGUGUUUUUAAUAUACUAAAUCUAUGUAAACAAAAGUAGUGAUAAUCUCGUGUCCAGUGUAUGCUGAAAGCGUAACAUAAAUUUAAGGUGUGAAAUGAAAUAAGAAAAGAGGAUAAUCAGCGGUCCCCGAAGUUGAGUGGACUUAAAAUUUGAGUGUUUUUGUUAUUGUGAGUGUUCACUGAACGGAAUAAAAUGGCUAAAAUGAAGGAGUACUAUGUGGUAAAUAGUAGACAUUAUCUGUGGAUAUGUUUGUUGAUCGCUGUUCACUUGAUCACCGGAGGCUUAGGAAGUAAAGCUAUCAAAUUUACUAUCGAGCCAUCUGACAUCGUAGUGCCGGAAGGAAAUUCAGUUUUAUUGCCAUGUGCAGGAAUUGCACAGACUGAAAAUUUACGGGAUGGAAAAAUAACACCAAACAUACGGUGGCGUGGCCCGGAUGGACAAGAUAUUGGCAUCGUCGGCGAUACAUUUAGAGCACAAUUGCCAAAUGGGUCGCUUUACAUCUCCAGCGUAGAAGACCAUCACGCUUUGACGGGGCCGUACCAGUGUUUACUAAAUGUUGAAGGAAUCGGCACCAUUGUUAGUCGUUCGGCUAGAGUGUCAAUAGCUAAACUACCAGAAACGAAUCACAUUUUCAGUGAAGUGUAUUUGUUUCCCGGUCAAACUGCAUACGUAAAAUGUUUGACCAGUCCGAUUCAGCAAGGAAUCACAUACAAAAUUGAAUGGCUGAAAGACGAAGCUCCGUUGCGAAUCGAUGAAUCUCGAAUGAUUAUCCUACCCUCGGGUGCUAUUGAAAUUGAUGAAUUGACCCCGUCAGACAGAGGCACCUAUCAGUGCAAUGUUACCUCAGGAGUAGUUUCUAGAUUAAGUAGUAAAACAAAUUUAAAUAUUAAGGCCAAUGGGGAUCCGCAAACUUUCCAGCCACCGUCAUUUUUAACUGAAUCAUCUUCGCAAAUAGUACGGGAAGGUGACACGGUGACAUUAGACUGUGUAUCUAAUGGUAAUCCGAAGCCAUUAACUAAGUGGCUUCGUAACGGCGAAGAUAUUGAUAUAAAUGACCUGGACUCUCGGUUUCGAAUUAUCGGAACUGGGUCGUUACAAAUUACUUCCGUUGAUGAAUCACAUGCCGGCAACUAUCAAUGCAGAGCGAGCAAUAGUGUUGAUGCGUUAGAUAUGCAAUCGUCGUUGAUCGUUCAGGUUCCACCAAAAUUUGUGCAAAGUCCUACUGAUAAGGUUGCAUCAGAAAAAGAAGAACUUGAACUGGUCUGCGCUAUUCGGGGGAAGCCAACGCCUGUGAUUCAAUGGCUGAAAAAUGGUGACGCAAUUACACCGAAUGAUUAUAUGCAAAUCGUUGGAGGACAUAAUUUAAGAAUUCUUGGUCUGAUCAAUUCUGAUGCUGGCAUGUUUCAGUGCGUUGGAAGUAAUCCAGCUGGAUCGGUACAGGCAGCAGCCAGACUUCAUAUGAAUGAGCCAGACAAACACAAACACCGAAAACAAUAUCCCAGUACGAAGAGUCGACUUGCUCAAACUAUUCCAUUGCCCAGUCAAGUUUCCCUAUCCCAAGAAAAGAACACAAAGAUUCUGUCGAAAAAUGUACUUGACAGUUUACUGUCCCAAGUGGAAACCAAUAGCGGUGAUAUGCAAGAUCCAAACGAUUCCAACAACGAUGAAUAUGAUGACGAUUACGAUGACGACGAAUCCGACCUGGACAACGAAGGCAGCAUUCACGCUUUCGGUCCGGGCGUUGAUCCGAAAAAACUUUUAAACUCAUUGACGAACAACCACCGUGACAAAGAAGACGAAAUUUCUCAUUUUUCUCAAUCACCAUUUCCCACUGUUACACGUAAAUAUCCUGAUUUAGAUGCCACCAAAAUGGUGAAAGCAACACUGCCAGGACCACCGAGAGACCUCGUGGCGCAAAUUGUCAACCCACGAUUUGUUGCACUGAGUUGGAUGGAACCGAUCAAGAAUCCAGAUGAGGUUACAUCGUACACCGUUUACUAUAAAAUGACUACCAGCGAAAGGGAACGAAAAAUAACUACAAAAUCGCGUGACGAUCAAUUGGUCAACAUACAAUCACUGUUACCAGGGAAGACGUAUCAAUUCCGUGUGGUUGGUAACAGCAAUUAUGGUUCUGGAGAAUCGUCAACCGUGUACGAAGUUAGUACACAACCCGAAGAAAAUAUUUCGGGUCCGCCACAGGAUAUUGACGGUUUCGCUAUCAGCCACAAAGAGCUACACAUCCAAUGGAUUCCACCGCUGGUGCCAAAUGGAAACAUUUCGAAAUAUCGCAUUUUUUACUCGCUAGACGAUGGUACGGAAAUGUACACCGAUAGCACGUCGUUGGAAGCAGUUUUAACGGAGUUAAGACCAUUCACUGAGUACACCGUAUCUGUUGUGCCGUUCAAUCAAAAUGGAAUGGGAGAUCCAUCUAACGAAUUGAUUUUGAAAACUUAUUCAGCCACUCCAGAUGAAGCACCGUUAAAUGUAACAUUGGAAGCAACUGGCUCGACGUCGAUAACUGUCCGAUGGGAGCCACCACCUGACGAAGCACAAAACGGGCCAAUAACUGGGUACAAAAUCCGUUACCGGAAACAAAAACAAAACGUAAAGGUUGAGACUACGUCAGGGAAUGUACGUCGUUAUGAGCUAAAAGACCUUGACCGGAUGGGUGCUUAUCAAGUGAAAAUUGCUGCAAUGACUGUGAAUGGAACAGGUCCAUUUAGCGAGUGGUACCAUAUUGAAACACACGAAAAUGAUUUGAGCGAAACGCAUGUACCUGGUGAACCGUCUUUUCUUCGAACUCGACCGGGCGCUGACAGUAUCUACGUGAAUUGGGGACCUCCUGCAGAACAAGAUAUUCGAGUGCGUGGCUAUAUACUGUCAUGGGGUCUAGGAAUACCAGAUGUUGACUCGCACGUUCUUGAUGAAACCGUUCGGCACUACGAAAUAACAAAGUUAGAACCUAACAGUGAAUACGUCAUUUCACUUCGAGCAAGGAAUUUGGUCGGUGAUGGAAAGCCGCGCUACGAAAAUGUACGAACCCGUGAUGAAGAGCCAUUCGAAGUUCCAAUUGGACCACUUGAGGUGCCAGUAGGACUGCGGGCAAUCACUAUGUCAGCGAAUUCAAUUGUUGUUUAUUGGACCGACACGACACUAAGCAGAAAUCAGCAAGUGAUAGACAAUCGUCACUACAUUGUUCGUUACAAUACGGUCGGUUCAAGUAAAUACCGCUUUUACAAUACGUCCGAUUUGAAUUGCAUGAUUGGUGAUCUGAGACACAAUACCCAGUACGAAUUUGCGGUAAAAGUUGUCAAGGGUCGUCGUGAAUCGGCAUGGUCAAUGUCCGUACUGAAUUCAACAUCGCCUGCUGCCCCAGUUUCCAGUCCACGAGAUCUGACAAUCACUGUGGAUGAAGCAAAUCCGCAAAAUUUGAUUCUACGUUGGCUGCCGCCGAGACAUAGCAGCGGUCAAAUAAAUGGUUACAUUGUGUUUUACACAACCGACGAUUCGAAACGUGACCGCGACUGGAAUGUUGAAGCUGUCGUUGGAGAUGUUUUGUAUGCAACCAUAAAGAAUCUUAAGCCUUAUUCGACUUACUACUUCAAAGUACAGACGCGCAGCAUUAAAGGCUCGACCGGACCAUUUUCGGCCAUGAUUUCAUACACCACAGGACCAAUACUUACAAUGAAAGAAGGCCUUGGAGUUGGUGGAUUGACCACAGAAAUGAUGGUUUAUCUGGCAAUCGGAGUAGUUGUCGUGAUGUUCGUGGUAGUAUUAAUAGUAGUUGUGAUGAUGUGCAGGCGAAAGCCACCAGCAACGCCAGAGCAUACCAAACAAAGCUAUCACAAAAACAAUACUGGCGUUAAGCCACCCGAUUUGUGGAUUCAUCACGAUCAAAUGGAAUUGAAAAAUGUUGAUAAGAAUCACACGAACGGAACACCAGGAUACAGCGAUGGAGCGUCAAGUAGUGGAGCUAUGACCUUACCACGAUCGGUUAAUCACGAUUUCGACAACGACAACCCGGGUUCACACAUUACAAACUCUUUGGACAAACGAUCGUACAUUCCCGGCUACAUGACCACCUCAAUGAAUUCAACAAUGGAACGGCCACAGUAUCCUCGCACCCAGUAUAAUAUGAAUAGCCGUGCUCAUGUUUCGAUGGAUCCGAAUCUGUCGCAACAAAAUCUUAUACAAUCUGGAGGAUCCUUGUCACAAACACCGGAUAUUCCGUACAGUUACGACUCAAUGCCGUCAAAUUAUAGUAAUCCUAGUGUAACAUACGCUCCUGGCCUGUCAGUGGACGCUCCGAAGCGUGGACAUCAAGGUCAUCCAUUAAAAAGUUUCAGUGUACCUGGUCCACCAUCUUCGACACCUUUAAUUGCGAAUUCAAAGCACACGGUUCCCGCCGUGACAAUACGACCGCAAAACGCAUCACCAUACAAAAAACCAGCCAUACCCAACGUACUGUCGAAUCGUUUGCAAUCCGGGCCGUCGGUGGCUCAUUCUAACGAUGAAAUUCAACGACUGGCACCCAGUUGUUCCAUCGAAGAUGUUGAUGUCAAACAGGAAAUGGCCAAUUUAGAGGAAAUGAUGAAAGAUUUGCAUACAAUGCGAGCGAAUGAGUUUGAGUGCUAAGAAGAUAUUCCAUUAUUGAAUGGACAAGUGUGCGUGCGUGUGGUGAGUGUUUGUGUUAUUAAUCUUUAAGGAGUCCGUGGAUUCAGAACAGUACACUUUACCAGGAGGAAAUGUUGUCUUUAAGUUAUUUAUGAAACAAAUUUAGAGUGAAAGUUUCAAAUUGAUACGAACUAAAUGAGAGACUGCUAUUCAUUUUUAAGGAACUACACAAAUAUAAAUCCAACACAACGGAAUUUUGUAAACGUUGCAAUGUUGAGCAUUGCCGUAAUAAACAAUAUUUGAAGAGAUUUUUUGCCAACGAAUUGAAAAUGUUUGCUCAUAAUAAGCUGAUGAAGCUUAUAAUACUUGUCGCUGGCACAUGUAUCGUAUAAUGCCAGGUGGUGUGACACGGUGAUACCAUAUUUUUUAGACAUUGAAAAUACAGCUUGCGUAUACGGUAUGGUUCGUUGACCUAAGUUAGGUCGUUAAAUGUUAGAAUGGAAUUCAAACAUUCAAAUAACUAUCGGAGGCGUGACCUAAAAUUUCUCUGAGUUUCUGUUGAGGUUCAGAAUCGAAUCACGGUCCAAAAUCAGUAAUUUUGGAAAAAGAACCUGACCUGAAAUUGGUUUUACUCACACCUGUCGUCCGUACGACGUUUCAGUUCAACCCUAAAUGUUUGUACAAAUUUUCAGGUUUCACGUCAGGUUAGAAGGUUCGAUAUGACCAUAAUGUCAGCUUGACCAAUGUUGACCCUUUGCGAACGGCAAGUGUGUAUCGAUGUGAUCGUCAAAUCUGUUACUUCAUUAGUUUUAACAUAGCCAGAGUCAGAGCUCAUUUGCUCGUUAUUGUCGAUAUUUUCGAUAGAUGACUAGUGUUGUCAGUUUGAAUAUGAGCAAACGUUAUAUUAGUUCAGACACCGUAGUUAUAUACAACAAUUUAUAUUUUUAAUGAUUGAUUUUUGUGAUUUAAAUUAAUUGUACGAUUUAAGGACCUCACACAAAUGAAAGAAAGCGGAAGGUGAAAGUAAAUUAAAACUAAAAUUUAGUUAACAAAACAAUAAACCACAAGCGAAAUGACUAAAAUAUUGAAAUUCAAUGUAAGUGUAGGUGUAAACGAAAACAACAACAAAAAAAAAACUGAAAACUAUAUUAUAGAAUAACCCUCGACAUAUAAAUGAAACGUUUAGAAAUGUAAAUAAAAACAAAGAAAAAAUAUUGUUAAUUCUUAUGCAUACAAAUUGCCAUUUACUAAUUUUUACCAAAAUGGGGACAUACAAAACACAGACUGAAUAUUUAACAAAAGAAAAAUAAUUUUUUCUUAAUUACAUAACCUUAUAAUAGAUCCGUGAUCGGUUUACGUACCGAGUGUAUUUCAUGAGAACGUUUUUAUGAUAACAAAUCUUUAAAGUCUUAAACAGAGACUUACUGUAGAUACACAUAGCAACGCGAUUUUGACAUAAAAUUCUUUUUUUUCUUUGGCCUUUGUCAAUUGUUUUGAGAUGUCAAACUUGCGAAAGCUUCGCAAUUUGGUCGAUUGACUCAUUUUAAUCAUCAAAAUUGCGUAGCUUUCGCAAAUUUGAAGUUGCUAUGUGUAUUUCUACAGUUAACAAUUUUGAAAAUGGUGCAUCAUCUAACCUGUUGCAACAGUUAUAACAGCUGCGAAAUUAAAAAUUCAUCGAACGACUUCCGAGUGCCCUUGGCCCUUUAAUAACCUUAUCGAAUACAUUCACAACUUGAACGUUAACAUAUCGUUGAAGAUUUUGGAGCUAAAUGAUAGUCAAGUUCACAUGUUACCGUGAAAUGGUCGUGUUAGGUUGUUAUACCCAUACAAUGUAAAGCUACGGUGAAAGAUUUACGUUCGGGCUUGGUCAGUGUUAUUUUAACGAGCGUGUUAAGCGAAAACAACGUAUCGCAUUUGUGUCUUGAUGAAAUCUUCCUCUUUUCCUAUCGAAUCCAUAAGAAGCUCAAAGCUUUCGAAACUCUCCGAAGCGCACAUGCAAUGCGAUUUGUUGUUUUUCGUUUAACACGGCAGAUCGCGAGGGCAUGGACUAUGAAUAACACCACUCAAUGUCAAUCGAUGUAUUUUUCAACAAAAACAUUAACGACAAACAUCUUCGCUCCUACCUGUUUUUUUAGCUUAAAACAUAAAGUUAUGACAUCAACUCUGCAACUCUGCAAUCAGAAUUAUAGUAGUGCUCAAAAACUCAACUUUUCUGACCGGCCCAGUAUUGAAAUUUCGAUUUUGGCGGCUGCACUGUCUAUAAAUUCAUUUUUUUUUGUUACAAAAAACGAUGAAUCUUAAAGGACUGCAGAUCAAUUUUCUGCUUAUGAAACGUCGAUGCGUCUACGUCUAUUAAAAACAACUCGCAAAAACUUCUAUCCCCCUUUACGUAUAGUACAUUAUUUACCAAUGAAACAAAUGCUGUAAAUGACACUUCUUGUGUGUUUACCAAUCUCGGCUACGCCUCAAUUUGUAAAUUUCACACAAGAAGUGCCAUUUACAGCUUUUGCUAAAUUGCCAAGUGAGGUAUUUUAAUCAAAGUUUCGUCACCGUUAACUUUACCUCACGUUUUUGAGAAAACCAUUUUUUACUCGCAAAGCCUAGCGGAAAUAAAAAUAUCCUCAAAUUUUUUGGGUAAUGAGCCAUUUCCUUGGUAUCCCAGAGGCAAUCCCAUAUUUUCGCAGUCGCUAUCGAUAACAGUUGCUAAAAUAUUUCCAAUCAUCGACGAACAACUACAACAGGAGAAAAUGUUUGAAAUAAUUUGCAAAAACAAAAUCCAACGAAAUUGAAGAAAACACGAAAAUCCAACAGUAUUUUAUUGAAUCAGUUCCCAUCUUUUAGCUGUAUGACGAAUAAUUUUUGUAUUCAAAAAUUACAAUUCUACGUUGGCUUGUAAAUAUCACAUAAUGCUGCUUUAUGUAAUUACGUAAAAUAUUAUGCACUACCUUAUACAAAGUAAAACCUACAAUUAUUUCUCUCAUUCACUUUGUAACAUUUUACAU